AACGAAUUGAACAAUGAGUGCUGCAAAUCAAAAUGAUGUGGUGAUUAUGUUUACCAAAGAAGAAAGGUCUAGUGUGAAGUCAUGGAACUUGAUGAAGAAGGAUGCUGCCGAAUGGGGUCUCAAGUUUUUUCUCAAGAUAUUUGAGAUAGCCCCAUCAGCUCAAAAAAUAUUCCCAUUUCUGCGAGAUUCAAAUGUUCCGCUGGAGCAGAAUCCUAAGCUUAAGCCUCAUGCCAAAUCUGUAUUUGUCAUGGUUAGUUUCAAUUUUUUUAAUGAGUUACUUGCAAAAUUCGUAAUUAUUUGAUGAAAAUAAAUUUAU